AUGUCUUCAGGAGCUUAUUAUCGUUCGUGGAUGGAUAAACCUCAUUUGGAUCCCAACACUAAUUUGCUUACGGAAGAAUACGUUCAAGGAAUUGGAGAAUUCAUGAGGCUUGUUCAACAGCAACCGGAUGCAAAAAGUGGGUUUUCACGUAAUUAUAAAGUUUGGUACCUUCAUGGGGAAACUGGUUAUGAAUAUGGUAGUACUAGCGAACCUCAGCCUGUUAGUGAACUUCAGCCUGAUAUUAGGUUAGAAGAACCUAGAACGGAUAUAGAUUAUGGUGUAGGUACUGAGCAGAUGGUACAUGAUCAUUAUAGAGGGGAAGAACCAAAUCCCGAAUCUAGGAGAUUUUUUGAUAUGUUAGAUGCAGGAAAACAACCUUUGUAUCAAAAUUGUAGAGAUGGUCAUUCAGUCUUAUCAUCUGCAACUAGAUUAAUGGGUAUUAAGACAGACUAUAAUUUGGCUGAAGAAUGCAUGGAUGCGAUUACUGAUUUUGUCAAAGGUAUUCUACCUGAGGAUAACCUUGCACCGGGUUCAUACUACGAGGUUCAGAAACUUGUAGCCGGUCUUCAACUACCGUACGAAGUGAUAGAUGUAUGUAUUGACAACUGCAUGAUCUACUGGAGAGCGGAUGAGACACGAAAUGUAUGCAAAUUUUGUGGGAAACCUCGUUAUCAGGAGACGAGGGGAAGAGUUCCGAUCCCGUUCAAAAGAAUGUGGUAUUUGCCUUUGACGGAAAGAUUGAAGAGGUUGUAUCAGUGUGAGCGCACAGCAAAAGCAAUGAGAUGGCAUGCAGAGCAUUCCACAAAUGGUGAGAUUAGACAUCCUUCAGAUGCGAAGGCUUGGAAACAUUUCCAACGAUUUCUUCCACCUGAUCAUCCAUACCGCAGGAGUAAGACUUCGUUUACGAAGAACAAGCAGGUGUUUGAUGGUCCACCUGAGGAAGUUAGUGGGGAAAAUUUGUUGAAGCAGUUUAGGGAUUUUGAUGCAGAAAGGACGCCAGAUGUAGGUGGACAUGAAAACAUUCGAGUCAGUGCGGUUGGAGAGCUACAUAACUGGCACAAAAAGAAAGCUGAGGUUGGGGAGUUUGAUGAAGAUUCAGAAGAUUCGGAUUAG